AAUGCCCAAGGAAAAAUAUGACCCGCCAGAUCCCAGGCGGAUGUACACAAUAAUGUCCAGCGAGGAGGCAGCCAAUGGGAAGAAGUCAUACUGGGCUGAGCUGGAAAUUAGUGGUCGAGUAAGGAGUCUCAGCACCGCCCUUUGGUCACUCACCCACCUUACUGCCCUUCACCUCAGUGACAACUCAUUGUCACGCAUCCCGCCAGACAUUGCCAAACUUCAUAAUUUGGUGUACCUGGAUCUUUCAUCCAACAAGAUCAGGAGCCUGCCGGCAGAGCUUGGCAACAUGGUGUCUCUCAGGGAACUGCUUUUAAAUAACAACCAGUUGCGGGUUCUGCCCUUUGAAUUGGGGAAACUGUUUCAGUUACAAACACUGGGGUUAAAAGGAAACCCACUUGCACAAGAAAUUAUGAGCCUCUACCAGGAACCUGAUGGUACGCGAAGACUGCUCAACUACUUGUUAGACAAUCUGGCGGGGGCUAUCAAGCGCAUACCAACAGAGCAGCCCCCAGCCCGGUCGUGGAUCUCCCUCCAGGAACCAGACCGAGCCCGGCCAUCAGCACUGUUCUCUGUCAUGUGCUACAACGUGCUGUGUGAUAAGUACGCCACAAGGCAGCUGUACGGCUACUGCCCCUCUUGGGCUCUUAACUGGGAGUACAGGAAGAAGUCCAUCAUGCAAGAGAUUAUGGGAUGCAAUGCAGACAUCAUCAGCUUGCAGGUCGUGGCUCAUUGUGAAACACAGGAAGUGGAGACGGAGCAGUACUACAAUUUUUUCUUGCCUGAGUUGAAGGAGCAGGGUUAUGAUGGUUUCUUCAGUCCAAAGUCACGAGCGAGGACCAUGUCCGAGUCAGACCGUAAACAUGUGGAUGGAUGUGCAAUUUUCUACAAGACAGAAAAGUUCAGUGCCGUGCAGAAGCACACAGUGGAGUUUAACCAGCUGGCAAUGGCUAACUCAGAGGGCUCAGAGGCCAUGUUAAAUCGUGUGAUGACGAAGGACAACAUCGGCGUUGCCGUACUGCUUGAAGUUCGUAAAGAGAUGAUGGAAUCACUGCAUGGCAUGGAGAAGCAGCUGCUGUUGGUAGCCAAUGCACAUAUGCACUGGGACCCAGAAUAUUCUGACGUCAAGCUGGUACAGACAAUGAUGUUCCUGUCAGAAGUUAAGAACAUCGUGGACAAGGCGACACGCAGCCUAAAAUUGUCCUCAGUCUCUGGUGAAACCAAUGGCAUUCCACUGGUGCUCUGCGCUGACCUCAACUCAUUGCCUGAUUCUGGUGUGGUGGAGUACCUGAGUACAGGCGGAGUGGACUGCACCCACAAGGACUUCAAGGAGCUUCGCUACAGCGACAGCUUGACCAAAUUCAACUGCAAUGGCAAGAACAGCACGUCCAAUGGCAGGAUCACCCACGGCUUCAAGCUGAAAAGCGCUUACGAGAAUGGCCUGAUGCCUUACACCAACUACACGUUUGACUUCAAGGGUGUCAUCGACUACAUUUUCUACUCCAAGCCUCAUCUGAACGUCCUGGGCAUCCUUGGCCCCCUGGACUCUCACUGGCUGGUAGAUAACAAUGUCAGCGGUUGCCCGCACCCUCACAUCCCCUCCGACCACUUCAGUCUUUUCACCCAGUUGGAGCUGCUCCUGCCCAACGUCCCUCCCCAGGUCAACGGUCUCCAUCUGCCUACACGCAGGUAG